AUGGAAGUCUCGGAGGAUUUAACCCUUCACUGGGAAGAAGAUGUUGGAAAUGUUAUCCACGAAGAAGUCAUAUGUGAUCUAGAAGAUAACCUGACCGAUCAAGAUGGUGAGGUUAUUGGGGCUUGUGAAGAAGUUUGUGUUGAAGAGACAGUUCAAACAAUAAUUGACUCAAAUUCAUCAACACAUAAUUUACCAUCGGAUACUGAAAUAUUAAUGGUGCCACAAUCGAAUGAUAUAGAAUCUAUUUAUAUUAUGCCACAAGAAGAUCAAGGGCACGAUUAUUUAAAUAUUCAAGUUACAGAAGAAGUCAUCACUGAUAACUGGGAUCGCUCGGGUCCAGAUGAUGGAGUUGAGAUCCCAGAAACAAAAGUAUCACAUGACAAUUUAUUAGAAUAUGAUGAUAUGGAGAUUCCGAUUGAACAAGAUCCUUACACCAAUACACGACCUUAUCCGUGUGAUUUCUGUAGCCGAAGGUUUCGCAAAAAAGCAAAUCUUAUGAAUCAUAUGACAACACAUCAAAACGAUCGACCGCACAGUUGUAAUCUUUGUGGUGCACGUUAUGUAAGGAAAUCUGAUUUAAUGAAUCAUUUGAAAACACAUGCAUAUGCACCGCCUCGUGAAGGUUCCGAUGAUGAUUUGAAUGACGAGGAUUCUCUUGCUCUAGAAGAUGAUGAUGAUAUUAUAAAGGGUCGUCGUAAAAAGAUUCAAUCUUCUGUACCAAGAAAGCGAAAAAAUAAUGCAACUGUUAUUGCAAAACAUAAUAUAAGUCCUGAUGUUUUAACUAAAUUGGACAAAUUUGGAAGAAAGUCUUAUGACUACGUUGAAGAAGACUUGCAUUUUGUAGAUGAUAUAACAACACGGGGUGCAAAUUCAAAAGCUUCGAGUUCACGUUGGACAGAGUCGUUGAUUGUCACAGACUCUCAACCUCCUCGAUGGCCUAUUUCUGAUCCUACAAAGCCCUAUGUUUGUCAGUACUGCGGAAUGGGAUUUGCUCGUGAAAAAGCUUUAGCAUCACACUCCCGAUUUCACGCUGGCGAUAGCCCUUAUGAGUGCUCCAAUUGUAGUGAUAUGUUUUGGGAUCCCAAUGCACUUCGUGAACAUAUGCGAGUUAAACAUGGACUUCCAUCGAGUGACAUUGAUUACGACAUAAAUGAAACUUAUACUAAUGACGAAAGAUUUGGACAAUUUUAUUGUGAUGUAUGCGCUGUUGCAUUUGAUCGUAUUGAUCUAUUAAAGCGCCAUCGUAAAAUUCAUGUUAAACAAGAGACGGAAGAAGUAGAAGAAGAAUCAAACCAACAUCAUGUUUGCAAUGUUUGUGGAGAGUGGUUUGAAGAGGCACUUGCACUUCUUGCACAUGCUGAACUUCAUGCAUCAAGAUCACCUAGUCGUCGAUGUCUUCUUUGUGGUGCAAAAUGUCGUGAUGAUGCUGAAGUUGCAGAACAUCUACGACAAAAUCAUGCUGAUGAUGCUCCACCGAAUACAUGUACACUUUGUGGUAAAACAUGCAAAGAUAAACGAAGCCUAUUAAAACAUUCUUGGGUUCACAAUGUUGAUAAAACAUUUGGUUGUACUAAAUGUGGAAAAAGUUUUCACAGCAAAGCUCGGCUUCGGCGACACAUGGUAUCACAUCGUAAUAAGAUGGUAGCUUGUGAUGAAUGCGGUGAAGAAUUUCCUGAUGGGCGCGCUCUUGUUAGCCAUCGUCAUUCACACAAUAAAGAAUUGGGUGGAAGAACAUUUCCAUGUCGGGAAUGUGGUAAAACUUUUGGUAGCCGCAGUUCUCAGCAAAUUCAUUUACGUAUUCAUACAGGUGAAAGACCGUAUGGUUGUAGAUUUUGUUGGAAAGCUUUUGCUGAUGGUGGUACAUUAAGAAAACAUGAAAGAAUUCACACUGGUGAAAAACCGUACGGUUGUGCAAUUUGUCCUCGAGCUUUUAAUCAACGUGUCGUUCUUAGAGAGCAUGUUCGUGCACAUCAUUCGGGACCUGAUCCUAAAUAUCACGGAAGCUUAACGCCAUUUUUUUGCAAAGUUUGUAACAAUUUAUUUGGUACAUCUGAAGAAAUCGUUCUUCAUAUAGUGCAACAUUGUGACGAGAAUACAGCACUUCGUCGGCAACCACAAGUUGGACCAAGAAAAUAUAAACGUAGACGUAAACUCAAGUCUCAUGAGUCACCUUUACCAGCUCUUACCUCACAGUCAAAUGAAAAUUUUAAUACAUUAGAAUUUGGUUCAGAAUCUGAUGAUAAUACAAAAAGAAAACUUGGAAGAAAAAAUAAGCAAAAUCGUUCAAGUGUUGAGGAAGGUUAUCAAAAUGUUUUAAAAAGUUUUGAAAGUUCUUUACAGAAUAUUAAUUCAAUUGUUAAUAAUUCAAAGACUUUAAGUUCAGCUAAAACAAGACUUACGAAAAAGAAAUUGAAAAAAGACGAGAAGAAAGUUGGUGAAACUCAAUUACAAGCUCAACCUGGUCGGCCGCGAAUGAUACAUACUCAAAAAACAAGAGUACCUGUUGAGUUAGGAACAGAUGGAGCUAAAAAAGGCCAGAAAACUAAAACUAUGGUCACAAGAACUCCUAAAGUCAUACCCACUGAACAUAAACUUGGAAUUUUCCCUGGUGGUGAAAGAAAUCGCCCAAGAACAAAAAAUGUCAGUUAUCACAGUGAUGGUAAAGUUCAAGCUACGCUUGCAACAUUUCCAAAGCCAAAAGAUUCAUCAGAUGAUAUUGCGCCACCAGUACAAUCGAUUAAUCCAGAAAAUAUUAAAAUGGAAAUGAUUGCUGCACCCAAUAAUAUAACAAUUAAUUAUGAAAGUAAUAAUGGUAAUCUCGAAAAUGUUAAAAGUAAACAAGAAUCGUUAUCAAAGAAAAAAGUUGUUAAAGGAAAACCUGGAAGACGUGCAGUAAAACAAGUAACAAUAAAACAAGAACCUCAAGAUAUAGAGAUACAUGAAGAAAUCGGUAGCAAAAAUAAUGAAGAGUACGCGUCAUCCACAAUUUAUAAUGAACCUGAAAUAGAUGGUAGUAAUAUGGAAGUAGCAUUUGAAGCUAAUGUCAUUGCAGAUGAAGAAGAACAUGAAGCAAUACUUCCAGACUUGGAUGGUGUCAAUCACGAUGAAAACUUGACAAAUAACGUCAAAUUAAGUGUAAAAGUUGAAUCGACAACGCAGCAUCAACAUAUUAUGUCAAAUGUCAGUGAAGAUGUUCCUGAAACUAUUAUCCCUGAUACUAUUGAGUAUACGUGUGAGAUGUGUGCUGCUGUAUUUUCAAGCCGUAAUGAACUUUUAAAUCACGUACCUAUACACAUUUGA